CUCAUAUAAAUCUAAGUCUAUUUCAUCUCCACCGAGAAAACCAUCAACAACCGCGAUUUAGGGUUUUGAAAAAAAAUCGACAAAGACUGAGAAAACCAUCAACAACUGCGAUUUAGGGUUUUGAAAAAAAAUCGACAAAGAUGUCGAUGUCGAAGAGUUCAAAGAUGCUUCAGUAUAUCAACUACAGAAUGAGAGUAACAAUCCAAGAUGGUCGUCAACUAGUAGGUAAGUUCAUGGCUUUUGAUAGACACAUGAAUCUUGUACUCGGUGAUUGUGAAGAGUUUCGUAAGCUUCCACCAGUUAAAGGUAAGAAAAACGAAGAAAGAGAAGAAAGAAGAACUUUAGGGUUACUUCUUCUUCGCGGUGAAGAAGUUGUUUCAAUGACUGUUGAAGGUCCGCCACCACCUGAAGAAUCUAGGGCUAAAGCUGCUGGUGCUGCUGCUAUGGUUGGUCCUGGUUUAGGUCGUGCUGCUGGUCGUGGUAUACCUACUGCUCCUCUUGUUCAAGCUCAACCUGGUUUAUCUGGACCUGUUCGCGGUGUUGGUGGACCAGCACCUGGUAUGAUGCAACCUCAGAUUAAUCGACCACCACAGCUUUCAGCUCCACCUAUGAAUUACCCACCAGUCAUUCGUCCACCUGGAUACCCUGGACAACCACCACAACAGAUGCAGAGAGGUCCUCCACCACCUAUGCAAGGCCAGUUUCCUGGAAGACCUGGUGGUCCUCCACCACAGUUUGGAAUGCCUCCACCACAGUAUGGACAGAGACCCAUGGUUCCUCCUCCUGGCAUGAUGAGAGGACCACCACCACCACCUCGUCCUGGAAUGCAGGGACCUCCCAGACCUGGAAUGCCUCCUCCACCUGGUGGUGCUAUUCCUGUUUUCGGCCCCCCACGUCCUGGAAUGCCACCACCACCCCCUAAUCAACAACAACAAAAUCAGCAGCAAUGAUUUAGGAUUAUAUCUCCUCAGCAUUAACGUACUGAAUCUUGCUUGUGCAGGAGUUCUGGUAUAGAGGAGAUUAGUUUGAGCUCAUCUGGUCAUAUGGCGGCUUAAUAUUCAUUUCUCGGACACGAAUUUCUUACUACAUAUCUUGGUGGAGGAUUUGUUGGUCAUAUGUCAAACUUAGAACUGAAUUUAAGAUCUGGUUCAAAACACAGUUUCCUUGAUUGUUGUUAUUAUUACUUUUCAGAGCUUUCAGUAAUGUGUUAUAUUAUCUCUUUAGAGGAAGAGAGGUGAUUAAGAACGUAGUUAUCAAUCUAGUCUUUUUGUAGUAUUGCUGUAUUGAUGUGAUUCCUGGUUUAUCUUUUGCUGUCAACUACAUUAAGCGUGUCCUGAGAUGAAAUUCUAAUCAUCUAUACCAUCUUAUGUUACUGGAUGGUAUAUCUAUAAGGCUA